ACAAUUUGAUUUUGACCCGUCGCCUGCCUGGCCGCCUCCUAGUCGUAAUCCCGCCCCGCCGCCUCCCCCUCUCCGGCCUUCUCCGCUCCGCGCGGGCGCCAUGUCGGUGACGCUGCACACGAACCUGGGCGACAUCAAGUGCGAGGUGUUCUGCGACCAGGUGCCGCGCACGGCGGAGAACUUCCUGGCGCUCUGCGGCAGCGGCUACUACGACGGCACCGUGUUCCACCGCAACAUCAAGGGCUUCAUGGUCCAGGGCGGCGACCCCACCGGCACCGGCAAGGGCGGGUCGUCCAUCUGGGGCGCCAAGUUCGCGGACGAGUUGAGGGAGUCGCUCAAGCACAACGCGCGCGGGAUCAUGUCGAUGGCCAACAGCGGGCCCAACACCAACGGCAGCCAGUUCUUCAUCACCUACGCCAAGCAGCCGCACCUCAACGGUCACUACACCGUGUUCGCCAAGGUCAUCCACGGCUUCGAGGUGCUGGACCUCAUGGAGAAGGCGCAGACGGGACCCGGGGACAGGCCGCUCGCCGAGAUCAGGCUCAACCGCGUCACCAUCCACGCCAACCCGCUCGCCGUCUGAACUCCUCUUCCUACCGCUCUCCCCUCCACUCGCUCCUGUCCUCAUCCACCGGGAUCUGAGCGUCAUCAGCCUUGCUUUCAACCGCAAAAUCACGCUUUGGUUUCGGAACAUCAAUCUGUAGCUCUCUAAUUUUAUACCGAUGCUGUGACAUGUAACCUUUGA